UUUGAAUCAGUAGCAUUUAAAGGCUCGGUCGGUUAUGACGUGUGUGCGCUAACCGGGGUUCGGAUAUUCGCUUAGUUGAGCUGUCGUGAACGUAAUCGGAUCGGAGAGUGGUCAUAGUUUUGUGAAAUUAGUUUUUCGAGUGGACCCUUAAGCCAGUGGUUGCCAGAUAUUAGUGAAGUGAUAAUGUUUCAAAUGGUUUCGGCCCCACUUCGGAACGGUCAGUGAUAAUCAAAUCCGAUCCCCUUUCGGAUAGUGUGAAAAGGGAUGAUUGUUUAAACAUAUCGAGAUUCCAGCGUGGAAAAUUAGUGGCUUAAUUGGAGUUUGAACAUAACCAAGUGAAUUGUGUGGAACUGUGAGUGGAACGAUGAGUUUGCCCAGUGGUGUCGACAUGUCCAAUCUGAUGCAGCAGCAUCCGGUGUUGGGGGCUCUGCCACCGGCGUUUUUCCUGCGGGCGGCCUCGGAGCGAUACCAGCGGACGCCAAAGUGUGCCCGCUGUCGGAAUCACGGGGUGGUGAGUGCCCUGAAAGGCCACAAACGGUACUGCCGCUGGAGGGACUGCGUUUGUGCCAAAUGUACCCUGAUUGCGGAGAGGCAGCGAGUUAUGGCUGCACAGGUGGCCCUGCGACGGCAGCAGGCACAGGAAGAAAACGAAGUGCGCGAUCUUGGCCUGCUGUACACCGGAGGCGGAGUGCACUCGGUGGGUCAACCGGUUGGCGAAAGCAACGGCCAGUUGCCGGGCCAGAGCCAGUUUCACACUGGAAUUCCGUCGCCCCCGAACGAUUCCGAUGGGGGCAAUCGAGGGGGCUACGGAACAGUUGAUGACGCCGAAAAUCCCCGACUCCGACCGGAACGCCUAAACUCCGCCUAUUCGCCAGACCAGAGUGAACCAGACAGCCCCGGCUCCAAACGGCAGCGAUUGUCAACGGAAACGGACCACGACACGGGGUCGGAAUCGUCCCCGAGCAGCCCGCGGCACCUUAAGGCGGGUCUGUUUUCGCUGCCCAUGAAGCUGUCCCCGUCCCGGAACGGACCGCCGAGUUCACCCGAGUCCGACCUGGACGUGGACGAUUCCGCCCCGGACGACUCGGUGGUGGCCCCGGAAAACCUCAGCCUCAAAAAGGACUCCGGUGCGGGGUCACAAUCGCAGGCCAAGGAUUCCCCCGAUCGGAACGCAGGCUCGCCGGUCAACAAUGGGUUGGGGAACGGUGUUGGCAGUGUUGCCAGCAGUUUGGGAUUUUUGCCAUAUCACAACCACACGCCACAGUAUCAGCACGGGCUGGGAGUGGCCGGAUCGCCGACGCCACAGCGAUCGCCGGUUGACGUGCUGCUGAGAGUCUUCCCGAACCGCCGCCGAACGGAGGUCGAGCAGCUGCUCCAGCGAUACCGCGGUGACGUGGUCCAAGCGAUGGAGGCCAUGCUCUGCGGCGGCGACGACGGCGGUCUGCACCCGGCCAUGAACUUUCUUCGUUUCUUCCCCAGCGUUCCGGCUCCCUCUCCGCCCUUUUCCGUAAAAUCCGCCUUCUCUCCGCUGAUGCCUCCGGGAGCGUUCGGGGCACCGGCCGUAGCCCGGGGUUAUUCGUUUCUGCAGGCCCAAGCCCACGCCAAGCGGUUCCUGACGGCACCGUACAGUGGAACCGGGUAUCUGCCGACGGUGCUCCAGGAUCCGGAACAGGGUGAUACCAACGGGAGCGGCGCCGGAAACGGGUCCUCCUCGUCGACUUCCGUGGGCGGUGGGAACUGCGGCGAUGGACAGGAAUAAUACACGUUUAUCAACUUGUAAAGUUUGUUUGUAGGAUGUUUUGCGGAAGGACAUUGUAAUCAAUAUUAACGUACUUUUUAAUUCGGGGUUUAGUUAGUGAGGGAAGGGACGGGAAGCUUGUUUCGCUGUGAAGAGGCAAAAAAGGGGCGUGUGUACAGAAUGUGUAGUUAACAGGAACAAUCAAAAUAGGGGAGACGAAAACAGUUUCAAGUUAGAACCUUUACAUAUACGUAAACGAAUGAUGGCGUAGUUCAAGCAUUGCACUUUGAACGCAUGUAUUUUGUAAAUAGUACAAUUGUAUUUGAUUAUGCGUUAAGUUCCACUGACGGUCACUUUAUCAAUUGUUUCAAUUAUCGUUAACAAUGUUGAGAACCAAUGUGAGCAUUUAUCCACCGAAAUGGAUUAGCUACAAUUUUGUUGGCGUUUGAUUCGAAACAAUUUGUCUCAGCAACUUUGUCAUUUGAAAUCAAACAGUUAUGUCGACGAAAUCGCUUUGCUCACUGAAACAUAGUUUUAUGCGCUGGAUGUUACGGUUUAUUUUACGAUGGUUUUUCUAACUGUCUCUUUUUAUCAAAAAAGGAAGAGUUUGGUGCCUUCCUCACAUUUAAGUAGUAUUUUUACAGGUCAGACCAAGUUCAAACUUGAUUAUCCGAAGCCUCGAUUAUCCAAAGUUCGAUUAUCCAAAGUUUACUAAGAAAUUUCGGAUAAUCUUACCAAAGACUUUUGUUUUUUUUUCUCAAUUUUAACUGAAAAUUCAACCGCAUUAAGCGAAAUUUGAGUGGUUGGUUGCUUGAUUAGUUGAAAAAUGCAAUUUCUAAAUUUAGUGGCCAUCUUUGAUUGGAAAUGUUCAAAUCAAUAGACUUUUUCGGGGUCAUAAUUGAGGUAAACAAUUCUAUACAAGAGCAAACAGUGCGUUUACCGAUCAAUUUACGUUCGAAGCAGAGCGAGUUGUGGCGCUAUAACCGUGGCAAUUAUUUUUCCAAACAUGUGUGUGGGACUCCGUGCUUAAACUCAACCCAAUCAACCAAUUAUCUGUGUGGUAAAUUUUACGCAGUAGGCUUGGCCGCUUUAACGCUUGUUAUGAUUCAAUGCAUCGUGGUGCAAUGGCGCACUACAAAUGUUCAUAAAUGACAAGAAGAAAUCUAGGCGUAAUCAAACUAAAGGCUUUCUCCAGGAUCACUUCGCACGAUUGGCUGCUCUAAGGUUUGAUUCGAUUAGAUUAGGAAUAAUUUACGUUCGAAACAAUUAACGUAACAAACUGCAGAAAGAAGGUUUUUAGCCUAGUUUGAUGCGCUGCAAGCUGCUUCUACCCGUUUUUACUUUUUUAACUUCAAACUUCAAUCAUUCAUGUUUUUUUGGACUUUCUUUUAAAAUUUAUUCAAUUUUCUUCUAUUCAGUUAAAUCCGAGUCUUCGAGAAUUGCUGUACUCUGAUUCAUGAAUCCACAUACAAUUCCUUUUAUCGACAGCAUUUAAAAAAUCUAAUUCACAACAAAUAAUCUGAUUUAAAUUGUUAAAUUGUUUUUAUGUGUUCUAAUAUUGACCAAAAUAUUAAAUUGAUUCGACCUCUACAGUCAGAGUGAUUCAACUGUCUAAUUGUAUACGCACUUGGCAGGUACAAUGAGACAGGUGGGGAACAGUGAGACACUCGACGAAAAUCAAUACUUUUCUAGCAAAACAUCUGUUUUUGUAUUAUUUCAUUGCAGGUGACUUGAAAAUUUGGCAAACUAGAAACUUCAAUUAACAAAAGAUAUAAUACAAAAUAUUUCAAUUUUAUAACAUCCUUAUGUUGAUACCGACAAACUUUAUAUCCUAGGUUGAAUAAUUUUCAAACUCAACAAAUGUGCCAAAAAUCACUUUUUAUUUUUGUCUCAAAAGAUUUCCAUAGAUUCUGAAAAGUUCAAUGACGCCCAAACAUGAGCUUGAUUGGUUGAAACGAGGAUUUUUGAGAGCCAUUUUACCAUUGCGCCAUUUUAUUAUUGUUUGUAUCUCAUUGAUGACUACUCUACCCUAAACAUCCAAUGUCGAGGAGAAGGAGAAUUUCCAUGCGAAAAAAGCUACACUCAAAAAAAUGAGUUCGCGUAAACGUGAACAGAGUUCAUGCCAACGGGAACCAGGAAGAAAACUGUUCACUUUCAUGGUGCAAUGCACUAUAAAAGUUGAACAGUUUUCUUCCUGGUUCCCGUUGGCAUGAACUCUGUUCACGUUUACGCGAACUCAUUUUUUUUGAGUGUACAACAUCAAGAUGGAAUGCUUCGAGAAUCUAUUUGGUUUUAAAAUUGAAUUGACAAAUCAAUAAUAAAAUAAUGAUUUGAUUGAAAUGAAAAGGCACUUCAAAAACUAAAUUUGUAAGAAUCUUAAUAAGUUGUAUUUAAAUCAUGAACUAUUUUAAUUGUUGUUUUUUUAAAGAUUGAAAAAUAAAUCGUAACACCAGUGCGUCAAAAAAAGGUUCAAGUGUAAAAUAAUCAUGAAAGUUGAAACAUUAUCAAAUCACCAAACAGACAAAAGAUAUCUAGCUAAUAAUAAAAUAUAGGACAACACAGCACAUAACAGCAUAAUCUUAACAACUCUAGCCUCUUUAUGUAUAUCAGAAGCAAAGUAAUUAUAAUCGGCACAGCGCAAAGUAUAGAGAGAUCAUUAAAUAUAACAAAAUAUGCUUAAAAAUAUGUAGCCUUAAGAAGAAGCCACUACUACCACACACACACAAAUCCAAACACUCAAGCAAAAAAGAGGAAAAAGUGAAAUAAAGAAGGUGCCAUAAUC